AUGAGCGACACUACCAACGUCAAUACAUUGGCUUCGGCACUCCAGGCCGCUGCCAAAGACUCAAGCGUUCUCCUGCCUGGCACAGCAGGAGCUUUGAAUGCGAAAGAUGUCUCCACUGGUGUUCUCUUUGCUCAGGCCAUCGGAUUGGAGGUGGCAGUAGUCGGUGGUGGACACGGCACAAACGGGUCUGCCGCGACGCCAGGCCUCUUGAUCGACUUGACAGCCAUGAACAAGACCUCAGUCGAUGUUGAGAAGAAGACCAUCACCGCGGAAGGUGGCUGCCGUUGGGAAGAUAUCGAUACCCCGCUAGGCCAGCACGGUCUAGCUACCGUUGGCGGCCGUGUAGGCAACACCGGCAUUGGUGGCCUUACGCUAGGCGGUGGAGUGGGCUGGCUUUCCGGAAAAUAUGGUCUGGUCGCAGACAAUCUGCUCUCCGCAAAGAUCGUCCUCGCAGAUGGGCGUCUCGUCACGGUAUCCACAACUGAAAACGCCGAUCUGUUCUGGGCCGUGCGAGGCGCAGGUCAGUGCUUUGGUGUGGCCGUUGAAUUCACCUACCAGGCAUAUGACCUGGCACACCCGAUCUGGGCUGGCCAGUUGAUCAUGAAGCUCGAUGCAUUACCGGCCGUUGUGGACUUUGCGAACAGCUUCCCAGAGCAGAACACCGCAAAGGCGGCUAUGAACAUUGCUAUGGCCGGCCCACCAGUAAACAUGUUGACCGUCACGCUGUUUUACCCUGGUGGGAAAGAGGGCGCCGAGGCGCUCUUUGCACCAUUGCUUGCUCUGGAGCAUGUGGCCAACACCACCACCGAAAGACCGUAUACUGAGGCUAAUGGUAUCCUGACACCAAAGGUUCCCUGGGGUAUUCGUCGGCAAUAUCACGGAGUCGCCUUUGCCACGCCGCUGCGAGCGGACUUCGUCAAGUCUUUGGGUGAGGACCUGGCGGAGCUGCGCUCGCAGAUCUCACCCGAUGCUGCACCAAGUAUGAUCAUGUUGGAAAUGACGCACAGGGAGAAGAUGGGUUCGGUUCCUGUUAACUCGAUGGCGUUCGCUGGUCGUCAGCUUCAUCAGGUCUGCUUUGUUGUGGCUCAAUGGAGCAUUCAGGAGCACGAUGCGCUGGCGCGACAGUGGGUUUCCAAGACUGCAGCAAAGUUUGACGUUGAGCUGGAGCGUACAAAGAACGAGGGUGCUGAUGUUGACCUGGAUGCAGUAAGAGUAUACUCGAACUAUGACGGUCUUCUGCUCCCUGCCGAGCAGAUAUUUGGCACCAAUCUGCCUCGCUUAACCGCUCUCAAGAAGGUUUACGAUCCCAAAGACGUGUUUUGCACAUCAUAUUCCCUGCUCCCUAAGGAGCCAAAGAGUCUGUUAUAA